ACACCUCAUAGUCACUACAUGAGCUGAACAUACGAGUCAUUCUGAGGCGUGGUGGAUAAACGUAAAUGGUAUUCUCCCGGAGAGGGCGCUCUCGUAUCAGGAGAACCAGCCUAGACAGCCCCCGAGACCACACCUAUAUCAGGUUGAGCAAUAGUGAGCCAUCCUUUGAUGACUUCCAUAGUUCGCUAUCACCAGUAAACAGUCUAGAUAGUGACGAUAGUACGGGCUACGACAUGAAUCACACAGCCACCCACACCAACAACACUAGCAUGUUCAACGCGAACAGCAGGAGCAUAUUCGGAGGCGGCGGAGGGGGCAUGGAAAUGCGAGAGAUGGACGAUGAUACGGAGGUCAUCGACGUGCUCGGGCGAAAAAACUCAAUUGAGUGGAAAAAUCAACCUAGUAGUCUCACGAAAAAAAUGAACUUAUGCUGGGAUAGGGCUUGGAAGUUGCGCUGUGCGGGCAUCGGGGAUGGAGGUAAUGACGUAUCGAUGAUUCAAGCCGCCGAUGUGGGGAUUGGGAUCGUGGGCAAAGAAGGCAAGCAAGCGUCUCUGGCAGCCGACUUUUCCAUCACCAAGUUCAAGCACGUGUCGCGGCUGUUUCUGUGGCACGGGCGCAACAGUUACAAACGAUCGUCGGCUCUGGCGCAGUUCAUUAUACACCGUGGUCUGAUCAUAUCGAUUAUCCAGGCUGUCUUCUCCGCAGUGUUCUACUACUCUGCCAUUGCGCUGUAUCAGGGAUUGUUAAUGGUGGGAUACGCGACCGUCUACACAAUGUUUCCCGUGUUCUCGCUUGUGCUGGAUGAAGAUGUGUCCAGCGAGAUUGCAAUGAUGUACCCAGAGCUGUAUAAUGAUCUGACGAAGGGCCGGUCGCUCACACUCAAGACGUUCAUUGGCUGGGUUAUUAUAAGUACUUAUCAGGGAGGUAUCAUCAUGCUGGGUGCACUCCUGCUCUUCGGCGAAGGAGACUUCAUCAACAUCGUCGCCAUCUCAUUCACAGCGCUAAUCCUCACUGAACUGCUGAUGGUCGCACUUACCAUACACAAGUGGCAUUGGGCCAUGGUAGUAUCUGAGCUGCUAUCCCUGGGAAUAUACGUGCUGUCUAUGUUUGUACUUACAGACUACUUCGAUACCAGGUUUAUUACUAGUCCUGAGUUUGUGUGGAAGACCCUAGUAAUCACACUGGUGAGCUGUGUACCGCUGUAUGUGGCGAAGUAUGUCAAACACAAGCUGGCACCUUCGAGUUACGCGAAGCUGACGUGAUGAGAGUUUGUAAAUAAAUGGAAGAAAAAC